CGACAGGCCUGACAGGAAAGCUGGGGUGCGUGUGGGAGGCCCUGGAGGCUGGAGCUGACUGCAACCCAAGCUGUCUGGGCUGCCAAUCUGCCGGGGUGACUGCACAGUGAUGCCCGCCCGUCACAUCUGUGCGAUUGACGGUCGGACAGCCUGGCUUGGGACUGACAGGCCAAAUGCGCACUGUCUGACCUCAGUGCCCGUCUGGGUGCCUCGGCAGCCUAGCUCUGGUCGAUUUUCUGUUUGAGCAUCGAUUCGAGGGCGACAACCGUCGACCAUUAUCGUGGUGGGAUUUGCCCAACACUUCCAACUCAUUGUUAGUUUAGGUGUCUCUUGUGAUGCCAAGUCCGUCUCCAAGUUGUUCCUUCGCUUUGCUGCAAGAGACCGCGCGCUCCUUGUACUCGAUCCUACCAAAACCAUAGUCGUCGGAUCACAUACGCCCGGUUCCCAGUGCCACCCAACGCUCACCAUGGCCGCCCCAGACCAGAAGCCAUCUGCAGGACAGCAGUGGGGUGAGGCUGAGAUCGAGCAGGCGCUGGAGCGACUGGGUGAACUCCACCACCAGAUGCGCAACCUGCGCUCGAUCAUUCCCAAGACAAUGGAAUCCCUCUCCGUUCGAGCCUCCCCCGAAGACACAUACGAGGCCCUCGGACAAGCCACAAAGACUGCAGUCAGCGCGAUCCGAGAGUACAAGCAGGCGGCCACAGACGAGGAAACUACAAGGGUCUUCGAGCGUGCAAAACAGAGCCGGAAGGACAGUCCAAAGGGCAUCAAACCAUGGCGGGCAAGAGAUGACCCUGACUGGUUGAACACCAACACUUGAAACAGCAUCAUUGUUGUGAACAGUAAAGCAUUUGGCGCUUAAGCUGUUAGUCUGCGCUGCAUGGGCCGACUGUGCAUGCUCUAAAAGAACAUGGUCAUGCCCGACACGCCAGAUGCAGGAGGAACAAGCAUAACUUAGAUUUUACACCUAUGAGUUAACGCGUGUGAUCUGGACACGACGCCAGGCGCAGGAGGAACAAGUAUAACCUAGAUUUUACAACUAUUAGCUAACUCGUCUAAUCUGGCCACGACGCCAAAUUAGACGAAGCAAGCGCCAUGGACGAAGAAGACCAGAGUCUUCGGGGUCAUCCAGCCCAGCGAGGACGAGCAACUCGGAGUUCGGAAAGCACCUCCCGAGGUCGAACAUGCACGAGGACUCGCGAGAGAAUUUGCGAGGAAGCGCGAGCUUCUGGAAAGGAGAUUAUGGCCAGCGUGGCUCAGAUCGGAGCCCUGAUUGAGUAGUGAUCCUCAGAGGAGAUUCUGGCAGAGCAAAUAUUUCUAGAACAAUGAUCACAGACAUGCUCCCGGAUGAGUGUAUCCCGCUGAAGACUCUCUAGAAAUCAUGGGAGUUGAGCACUCCUAUGGGAGACCCUGUUGUUGUAAGAGCUCUCCUAGAGUGGAUUGUCUUGUUGGCUAGGGUCCCACAGGUGGACAGAACAAUGUUUCCUGGGAGGGUGUGCUGUGGAGUGGUCUCUUCAAGGAGGCUUUCCUGCGGCAGGUUUCCCUGUGGGAGUUUAUUGUGUGGGUCAUCCCCUGGGAUGCUGUUCUAUAGGCAUUUUCAAGACACAGUAUCUUAGAGGUCUGCGUUCUACAGGACGGUAUUCUACAGGAGCAUCCCCAUAACAGGACGACCUACAGUACAAAUUUGCCCCCAAGAAGAAUUGACGCCAGGACAUUAAAGACGAACAAACUUUUCUGAAAGAUUUUUCUGAAAUACUGUCAAGCUCAUAGUAGUUUGACAAUGGUAGUCUGCACCGCAAGAUGCGUACAC